AUGGGUGGUGCAAGCAGAGAAGGCGGCAAGGCCAAACCUUUGAAGGCCCCCAAGAAGGGGAAGAAGGAGCUUGAUGAGGAGGAUCUCGCCUUUAAGGAGAGACAGAGAGCCGAGGCCAAGGCGAAAAAGGAAUUGUUGGAGAAGGCGAAAGGCAAAGGCCCGCUGAACCUUGGCCAGCAGGGUAUCAAGAAAUCCGGAAAGAAAUAG